ACCCUAGUUUCAAUUUUCCCCCUUUCUGUCGACUUUGAAGAUAAAUUAUUGCUGCUUAUUUCUCCAUGGAUGGUGGUCGAAGGUUUGAAGAAGAAUGGAGUAAACCCAAUUGUGAUUGUGGGUUUCAGUGUGUACUACGCACUACUUGGACAUUCAACAAUUCUACUAGAAGGUUCUAUGGCUGCCCAAGAUACAAGAGGAAUGAGGUUGAUGGGUGUGGAUUUAUCAGAUGGGUGGACCCUCCAUCAUUCCCUGUACAUGGUGAAAGGUUUAAGGAGGAAAUAGGAGGGUUUUUUAAAAGGUUAGAGGAGAUGGAAGAUAAUGUUAAGCAACUACAGAUUAUGGAUGAAAAAAGAGAAGAAGAACUUGGUUCAAUAUUGAAGAUGUUAAGAGAUUUGAAAUCUGGUAUAAAUAAAAAAGCAAUUGUUCUUGCUGCAAAUGUAUCAAAAUAA